GAUCAGGCACACUCACCGCCCUGUUAAUGCAGUCGCUCAUUGGCUGGGGAUUAUUAUUCUUCUGCAUCUUCGCGAUGGAUUCAUUCAGGCCGAUUGUUCCUCCUGCGCCCUUGUUUCUCCUUCAAUCUCUCGUGCCCCCUUGGUUCCUUCUGGAUUGUUGAUCAGAUGGACGGGAAUAACCACCGCUCCAAGCGCCGUCGACUGGACCGGUCUCCAAGCCGCGAAAAUGGCUACAUCCAGUCACCCGUGGAGUCUUCAUCGGACGAACUCGCCGCGGGCUCCGAUCACGACGAGGCCGAACGGCGUCGCGCAAGCUGGUCCUUACAGAAAGCAUUGCCCCCAAAGCGCCCAAAUACACGCCUGCGCAGUUUCAGCGGCUCGGAAAGCCCAGAUGAGCUGGCAGUCGACGCUGAUGUGUAUUGGCGCUCCCGCAACCGGGGCCGCAGUUCGUCACCCUCCGACGUGAGCGCCGCGGGGCCGUCAUCAGAACACUACCAAGAUGAGGAGGAAGUCGAUGCCGAUCUGGACGACAACGAGUCCCCUGGGGAAGGGGAUGCAGAGCCCGAGCAAGCAUAUUCCGAUCGGUCGCCCACGCCUGUGCCUCCGCCUCCCCCGCCGCCGCCGCCAAAACCGGACAAGAUCAAUUACCGACAAAAGUUUUUGUUACGAGGUCACUUACGGGGAGUUUCCACCGUGCGGUUCUCGCCUGAUUCAUCUAUGAUUGCCAGUGGCGGUGCCGACGGGGCUGUCAAGGUGUGGGAUACGUUGACCGGAAAGCUGGUGCAUACGUUCGAGGGCCAUCUGGCAGGAAUAUCGACAAUCUCCUGGAGCCCGGAUGGGGCUAUCAUUGCGUCUGGGUCGGAUGACAAGACGAUCCGCCUCUGGAAUGUGCUGACGGGCAAAGCGCAUUCGAUCCCCUUCGUUGGCCACCAUAACUAUGUCUACCAGAUUGCCUUCUCGCCCAAGGGCAACAUGCUGGUCAGCGGUUCUUACGACGAAGCGGUCUUCCUCUGGGACGUGCGCUCCGCGACGGUGAUGCGUUCCCUCCCCGCGCAUUCCGACCCCGUCGGCGGGAUCGACGUCGUCUGGGACGGCACCCUUAUCGCAUCCUGCGCGACCGACGGGCUGAUUCGAAUCUGGGACACGGCAACGGGCCAGUGUCUGCGCACGCUGGUCCACGAGGACAACCCCCCGGUCACGUCGGUCAAAUUCUCCCCCAAUGGCAAGUUUGUCCUGGCCUGGUCGCUGGACGACUGCGUACGGCUGUGGAACUACGUGGAAGGACGCUGUAUCAAGACCUACCAGGGACACGUCAACCGGAAAUACAGUCUGGCGGGCGGUUUCGGUACAUAUGGAGUGCGUGGCGCACCGCCCCACGCGUUCGCUGUCAGCGGGAGCGAAGACGGCGCCGUUCUAUGCUGGGACGUAGUGAGCAAGAAGACCUUGCAGCGGAUUGAAGGGCAUACAGGAGUGGUACUGGGCGUUGACACUUGCACGCUGGGCGACAAGCGGUUAAUGGUGAGCUGUGGAAUCGACCAGACGAUACGGGUGUACGAGGAGGUCGAAGACGACGACGACGACGGAAUGAACACCGACGCGAAAGAAUCUCCCCCAGCGAUCAACGGGGCUGAGCCAAAUGGAGCCGAGUCAAAUACAACUGAGCCAAACGGAACCGAACCAAAUGGGAUUCUGCCAAACGGGAUAACGCAGAACGGAGCAGAAGGAGGACACGAGCAGCAGCAUCCCGGAGAUACCCAAGAACCCCAGGAUACGGAGAUGGCAGAUGCCGACGCCGGUCCAGAGGGAUGAAGCUUUUUUUUUCUUCUUGACUUGCUCUUCUUUUCUACUGUGUAAUUUACAUACUCUACAUGGGUCGGCGUUCGGCAGGAUAUACUGUACUGUAUAAUAGACGAUAGGAUCAUGACGACUAUUGAAUUUCACGAUACCAAGCCUUGAUCUGCAGACACGACUAGGAACUUCACCCAUUGCGUUUGCCUACACUAAUGGCUUAGCAUAUACUUAUCACUGGAGUUUGACCCUAGUAGAGCUUGUCAUAAUACACCGCAGAAGUACAUCCGGCUCUGGGAGGGUUUCCGACACAGCAAAAAGAACACAA